UGUGCUCUGCUCUUCGUUGAGUUGCACACAGAGGAGAGCGUCUCGAUAAGUUUGAAUUUGGAAAUAUCGUCCCGUGACUCCAGCGGAAGGCAUAUGUAUUCCGACUUUUGAUUCGAAGAGGAGGGCAUUUUGGAGGACGAUAGUAGUCUUUAUUUUCCAGAAGAGAACAGCAAGUGAGUGAAGGCUGCCUGUGAGCCUUGUUGUCCCGGGGGAGCCUUUUUUUGUUUGGGGUCAGCCGAACUGUACUGGCGCGGUUUCUUCAGCUUGGACAGAGACUGAAAAAUAUUCUCAAAUUCUUUGUGCCUGACGUGUUUGAGUCCACUGGGUUAAGCUGUGAUGAGGAGGGAAUUUAACAGCGGUGAAGCGCCAGACGGAGACAGCGAAAGCUAAGCUCAUCUCACCAACCAACGGUGGUCAACCACCACAUCUUCGACCACAGAAAUACAGGCUGCUCAUUGCAGUGAGUCAGUAUCAUGGAGGCAGGCAGCGGGGCUGCCGCAGCGGUGGGGAGUGCAGCACUAGGACUGCUGGGAGCCACAGCCACGUCCAGCCAUGACAUCUUGGACAGGGGCCUAAGGCCUGGACGUCACCUGGAGGACGACGACAUUGUGCCUGAACUGGCAAACAUCCAUCCUAGAGAGCGACCUGACUGGGAGGAGACCAUCAGUGCCAUGGCAAGGAGUGCAGAGAUCCCUGAGCUGAGGACGGAACCCCUCAUGCGCUCAUGCAGCAGCAGCACGGCCAGCAUGAAGGUCAAGAAUGUCAAGAAACUUAGCUUCACCAAGGGCCACUUCCCCAAACUGGCAGAAUGUGCUCACUUCCACUACGAAAAUGUAGACUUUGGCACAAUUCAGUUGUCCCUAGGGGAUGAACAGUGUGAAGUGACGCGGAACGGCUAUGAGUCGAAGGAGCUGGUGUACUUAGUUCAUAUUUACUGCCAGGGCCGAAGUUGGAUUGUGAAGCGCAGCUAUGAAGAUUUCCGUGUCCUGGACAAGCACCUCCACCUCUGCAUCUACGACCGACGGUUCUCACAGCUGCCUGAGCUGCCUCGAUUGGACAGUCUGACUGACCAGUCAGAGUCAGUUUCUCAGAUGUUGUUGGCUUACCUCUCCCGGCUCUCAGCCAUCGCUGACAACAAGAUCAACUGUGGGCCUGCCCUCACAUGGAUGGAGGUUGACAAUAAGGGAAAUCAUCUGCUGGUUCAUGAAGAGUCAUCUAUCAAUGUGCCAGCUAUUGCUGCUGCCCAUGUCAUCAAGCGGUACAUUGCCCAGGCCUCAGACGAGCUGUCCUUUGAGGUUGGUGACAUUGUGUCAGUGAUUGACAUGCCCCCUAAAGAGGACACCACAUGGUGGAGGGGCAAGCAUGGCUUUCAGGUUGGCUUCUUUCCCAGUGAGUGUGUGGAGCUCAUAAAUGAUAAAGUGCCGCAGUCCAUGACCAACACGGUGCCAAAGCCAGCCUCCCCCUGCUCUGGCCUGCAGCCUGCUUCUUGGAGUCUCUUCCCCCCCUACUUGGAGAUGGAGAAUGUAAUACAGGACAGUGCAUGGGUGGCCGACCCGCUAAACCACUACAGCCUAAGUUCAGUGUCUAAGAAGCACGGGAAGCUGAUCACCUUCUUGCGCUCCUUCAUGAAGUCCAGGCCCACCAAACAGAAACUGAAGCAGAGAGGCAUCCUCCGGGAGAGGGUGUUCGGCUGCGACCUGGGAGAACACCUCCUCAACUCUGGACAUGAUGUACCCCAGGUCCUCAAGAGUUGCACCGAGUUCAUUGAGAAGCACGGUGUGGUGGACGGUAUCUACCGCCUCUCUGGCAUCGCCUCAAAUAUCCAGAAAUUGCGGCACGAGUUUGAUUCUGAGCAGAUCCCCGACCUGACCAAAGAUGUUUACAUCCAGGACAUCCACUGUGUUGGCUCGCUGUGUAAGCUCUACUUCAGAGAGCUGCCCAACCCCCUGCUCACCUACCAGCUCUACGAGAAAUUCUCUGAUGCUGUAUCAGCAGCAACGGACGAAGAACGACUCAUCAAAAUCCAUGAUGUCAUCCAGCAGCUUCCUCCACCGCAUUACAGGACCCUGGAGUUCCUUAUGAGACACCUUUCCCGCCUAGCAGCAUUCAGCUACAUCACCAACAUGCACAGCAAGAACUUGGCCAUCGUCUGGGCACCUAACCUGCUGAGGUCAAAGCAGAUUGAAUCUGCAUGCUUCAGCGGCACAGCGGCCUUCAUGGAAGUCCGAAUCCAGUCGGUGGUGGUGGAGUUCAUCCUCAACCAUGUGGAUGUUCUCUUCAGCACUAAGCUCAGCUCACUAAUACGGGAAGGAGCAGGUCACAACUCAUUGUCACGGCCCAAGUCCCUGCUGGUUUCAUCACCCUCCACUAAACUUCUGAGUCUGGAGGAAGCUCAAGCCAGGACCCAGGCUCAGAUCAACUCUCCAGUCACUGAAGACAGCAAGUACAUCGAGGUGGGCGAAGGUCCAGCUGCCCUGCAGGGAAAGUUCCACACUGUUAUCGAGUUUCCGACUGAGAGGAAGAGGCCUCCUAUUAAAUCCAAGAAGUCUCCUGUGGGUAGCUGGCGUUCUUUCUUCAACCUGGGCAAGUCUUCCUCCAUGUCCAAGCGCAAGCUGCACCGUAACCCUAGUGAACCUAAUGAACUAAAGGCUAUGGCUCUGGCCGGAGGCAGAGGAGACACUGCAACGUUAAGAUCAGCCAAAAGUGAAGAGUCAUUGAGCUCCCUGCACAAUGUUGAAGGAGAGUCCAAGGUGUACCGUCCUAGGCGGCCACGCUCCAGCAGCGACGCCCUGUCAGCUUCUUUUAAUGGCGAGCUGCUGGACAGCCGGCAGCACUGCAACUCCUAUGACAACCUGGGUGCCACAGAAGACAGCGACGGAGACGACGGGCCCAUCUGUGUGCCUGCCCUCAUAUCACCUCCCCGCUCAGCAGGUGAAGAUGUGGACCUCAGCCCGCCAGACAUUGGCAUGGCCUCCUUGGACUUUGACCCCAUGUCUUUCCAGUGCAGUCUCCCCGACACCUCCUACUCCUUUCCCCUAGAUGACUCACCUGCCGGGGCUGAGGGUUCCACGUUAAAGAGGAGUCCGGGCAGUGUCUGUGGCGAGACCAAUGGCUCUAACCUCAUCUCUACCACUAUCCUGGGUAGCUUGAUGUCGCCCGUGUUGUCCACAGACUUGAGUGUGGCUGCUGGAGAGAAGGUGGAAAGCAAGAAACUGACCACUUCCUAUUCUUACACUGAUAAACCCACACAGGCUGUGUCGCCUAUUAAAUGUGGAAAAACCACUAGUUUGACCCCAUUUGCAACUUCAGAGCUUUUCUCUACAGAGACGCCUGACCAGAACACAGCGGGACAGGUUGUGUCUCCACAACCGUUAUCUCCUCCUUCAAUAGCCAAGGACUCUCCACCCCUGAUGGGCAGUGUGCUGUUGCGGGCAGCUGAGCCAUCGCUAAGUGAAGCUUUCCAAAUGGAGCUGCACUCUAAACUGGCAGCCUUUGACAGUGUGGACAGUCGAGAGCUGAAGGGAGAGGACAGCAUACAGCAGGCGCCAGCUGCAAGCAGCCAGGAGCAUCAAGGAGUCGUAGCUCCGGAUUCUUCACCCCAGGACCUCACCCCUCGUUCCCUCAGCUCUUCAGCUCCCACUACUGCUCCUCCUCCUCCUCCUCCUAAAAAUGCUGCCCGCAUGUUGGCCCUGGCUCUUGCUGAGUCUGCUCAGCAGGUCUCCAUUCAGUCUCAGUCCAGGUCCUCUGAGCCCCCAACACCUGUGUCCCCUCUGCAGCCACAGGAGGCCUCACACUUCCAGGACUUGCCACAUCCACUGGUCCAACAUUUCCAGCUGCCAUCUGAGGAAGGGGCAGGGAGAGGAAGUUCCCCACCACCAAACAGUACUGCUCCAAAUGUCACCCCAGCCUCAUCUUAUACCUCUGCUUCCAGUCCUAUAAUCAAACAGCAGCCUCUAGAGUUAACCAGCACUAUUACCAAGCCAUCAGACAGUACCAAGUCCUCUAUAACUCCACCUGGAACACAGCCAGAAACAGACCCCACACCACCAGACACUCCUUUUUACAAGUGUGCCCCUCACUCCAGUUCAACCAGCUUGACUUCCCCAAUAAGGAAAAGUCCAGAGAGGCAGAAGCCUGUCACGGGACACGUUCCAGGCUGCACCAGCUCAACUAAUACAAGUCCAGCGACCUUGCCCAGUGGCAGCUGCAAAGAUAAUGGAGUUUUAACACAGCCUGUUCCUGAAGUUAAACCAGAGGAGACUGUACCACCCCCAGUCCUUCCAAAACCAUUAGAACAGCCGCCUCCAACAACUCAAAAGCCCAAGAAGCAGGCUGUCUCACUGCCCCAGCACCAAACACAAACUCAGCAGCAGAGCCUAGCUCAGAUACAGCCUCAUCUUCCAACACAGCCUAUGACACAGCCUCAUCUACAGUCUCAUCUGCCAUCACAGCCUCACACACAAUCUCAGACACAGGUCCAACCUCAAACCCAACCUCAGCUCCCCCUAAAGGCCAGCGCAAGAGUGGCCCCCACCUCUGCUGAGCCUGUUGAGAAGCCUUGGGAGGCCAUAAAGCCUGUACAGCCUUGUACAGAGUCUGAAAAGUACCAUGACGUGUACGGACCCACACCUCCUGCACCUCCUGUCCGCACCAUAGAGAGCAAAUUGGCCACAGCAGCACUCAGCCAAAGUGAAGCCUCCUACCAUAUCCUCGGUGAGGGCCCUUUGCCUGGCCAUUUGGAGGAUGCUCUGCCUCACCAUCCUCCUUCUCCUCGUAAAUCUUCCACGCACCCGCCAGCCUACCUGUACCACGCUAAAGGAGAACCAGUUUUAAUUGAACCUCCAGGAGCUGCAUACUACCACCAGAGGUCUAUUCCCCUAGGCCCACAGUCCAUUCCACACCACUUCCGACCAGACAGUGUCCCCCCACACCUCUCUUAUGUAUCCAAAUCUGAGCCUCAGAUACCUUAUAGUGCCCGACUAGACAACAGAUACAGCACUUUAGGCCCCAGGUCCUACCACCACUCUAUGAAGUCCAGAGGAAACCCUCGCAGUGUGUAUGUGUCUCCAGGGCCAGGGCAUCAGGGUUAUAGCCAUGACAGACCCCAAGGCUAUCCCACCAUCCGCAGAGUGCACUCACUCCAUGUACCUUCCACUAUCCGUUCAGUGCCCAUCCAAAGGACUGAAGUUCCUCCAGAUGAUGAUAUGUUCUUCUACCAUCGGCCCGUGUAUCAGUGCAAAGCCUACCAGCAGCCCCCGCAGCAGUCUUCACAAGCUGACUACCAUGUCACCCAGCUGCAGCCUUACUUUGAGAAUGGACGGGUUCAGUAUCGUUACAGUCCGUACUCUGGUUCCGGCCCUUUGGAAGCACCUUACUAUGACAUUGACCCUUACGGCACCAUCCGAGUCCGGCACUUCCACUCACAUGGCAGCCGAGAUCUGGGAACCGCUGCUGGCCGACCGGGUGGAAAGGCAACUGGGUACCACUACCUUGCUCGCCUUCCACCUGGGAAGGAGCACAGCUUUGUGAGCAGGGACAUGCCACCCAGUCAUGGGACCAAGGAGGCUGCUGCUUACCUCGCGUGGGACCCCGAGGAGUCAGAAAGGCUCCGCAUGCACUCCAUCCGCAGGGAGAGCAGAGCCAGACAGAAGAUUAAAGGCCCUGUCCUCUCUCAGUAUGACAAUGUCGGCUUGUUUGCACCAGCAGAUAUAUCAGGUUAUGAAACCCUGCACCUGCGCAGCAAAUCUGACCCAGGUAAAGCUGUGCUGGUUUCAGCCGAAAGCAAGGAUGGGCGCUACCUUCCCAGACACAUGGUGUCAGACCCUGAUGUCCUUGUGUACAUGGAGACUGACAAGCAUGUCCAGGGCAGCACAGCGGGUGACAAGUCAGAUGGGCUCACCAAGCAAAGCAGUUCCAAGAAAUACCAAUCCUCUCACUCCCUUCCAGCUUCUCUGAGCCACAGUCUGUCCCAUCAGCAGGAGAGCGGCCGACACGAGGCCAAGUAUGAGACUGGAGACGACAAGCUGGGUGGAGAUGGCAGCAGGUCAAAACACUGGCAGCAGGAAUAUCCCAACAAGAGGAACUUCCAACCACGGUACGAGUGCCCUGAUUCUGACCUCCACCAGAGUAAAGGGAAAACAUCAAGCAGCUACCAUAGUACAGACGACCAGCCAUCAGCCCCCAGGGAACAACACUCCCGCUCCAAACCGGAGCGAUCACACAGCAUCCGAGAGCAGCAGCACUACAGCCAGGGAAACCCUGAACUGGACAGAGAUUACUCAUAUCAGAAACACACCACUAAAACAGUGCAGUCCCACUAUGAUAACUUGGACGAUUAUCACCCAGUACCUCAGCCUCAGGCCCCUGUUCAAAAACGUGGAGGCUCUGGCUCCUAUCCGGCUCCAGGAUUCACAGUGAGCCACAACAACAGAGCAUACUCCACAGCACUGGGCCAGGGAGCCUUCAUCCAGACUGACCUGGCCAUACAGAGGCCAGAGACAGAGAUCCGUACAGAAUGAAGCAUUUAGAGGAGAAAAUGUGUGGAAUUCUCUUUAGUUGUGUAGAAGAAAGACUCUAUUGAACUACGGUUGCAGCCUCUGCAGGACAGUGGACUGUUCUAUCACCAAUAUUUUUGCUCCUCUGUAUUUUUAAUGAAUUGUAAAGAAAAUUGUAAGACUUUUUACAGAAAGUCCUGAAUGUACCUGAAAUUAUUGUCCAAGAGGUCAUAUUAUUGUGAUUGAUUGAGACAGUAGCCAGUCAUAAAUGUAUAUGAUAUGAUAGAUGUAAGGUACUUUAAACAGGAAUACAAAAAUGUUAAAAAAAAAUCUCUCUCUCUCUCUAAAUAUAUAUAUAUAUAUAUAUAUAUAUAUAUAUAUAUAUACACAC